AUGUCGCCGGCCAAUUAUUAUUUUAUAUACACGAACAGGAACGGCGAGAAACAAAAGUCGAGGACGGCGGGGCGCGGGCGGAGAGCCUCGCCGCAGGAGCGACGCGCGGCGCCAUCUAGCGAGCCACGGGGGCCGUCCCUGUGUACUGUUAGGGUCUGCGGAUCGAAUGGUCGGAAGCACAAUCACUGGAGCUGCACUGUCACGAUGGGUUACCGUACCGUGGUCAGAGCGUGGCUGCGUGUGGUGGUGGCGGUGGGGUGGGCCAUGCUGUCAGGCGGCGCGGAGGAUGCGCGGGCCGGGCAUGGCGGGCUCCUGCUCGACACUGCGGUGCGGCCGGUGCGGGCGUCCGCGGCGCGCGCUGCACGCCACUGGGCCGCGCACCGCCCGCGCCCGCGCCCGCCGCCGCUGCGCGCGCACCUCCGCACCAUCCACCGCGUGCACAGGGACCACACCGUCGACCGCCCACACAACACAACACACGCUAUCUAUCGAUUGUCGACUUAG